CAUCUUGUGGACAGUGUUAACAUUUCCUCAUCGCGUUUACGCGACCGUUCAGUUUGGAUGUAGCAGGUUUCCGUAGAGAGGAGGAAAAGCGUCGCCCUAGCAACGGAAUGAUCAGCAGCAGGAUUCUUCUGCAGCGGAUUGAAUCUUUCAUGAAAGAGAAACGCAUUCAGCUUCUGGUUUACUAACUAAAGCCGUAAUGGCUGCAAGCAACCCAUCCGUGUUUCUUCUUACGGUGAACGGACAUAUUGAGGGAGCGAACUUUCCAGAGUAUGACAACUUGUACUGCAAAUAUUGUUUUGUCUACGGCCACGACUGGGCUCCCACCACGGGGUUGGAGGAAGGCAUCACGCAAAUUGCUAGUAAAAGCAGCCAAGCUUCGCACAGGUUGAUAUGGAACUUCCCACUGGCAACAACAUUUAAGAGCACAAAUCCAUCUGGAUGGCCUCAGCUUGUGGUGAGUGUUUAUGGUCCUGAUGUUUUUGGCAACGAUGUGGUCAGAGGCUACGGAGCAACACACAUCCCCUUCACACCAGGACAGCAUACGAAAACCAUUCCCAUGUUUGUUCCUGAGCCCACAUGGAGACUUCAGAAGUUCACAGGGUGGUUGACAGGACGACGGCCUGAAUACACAGAUCCUAAAGUGGUGGCCCAGGGUGAGGGCAGAGAAGUGACUAGAGUUCAUUCACAAGGCUUUGUGUCAGUCUCCUUUCUCAUAAUGACUAAAGACAUGAAGAAGAUGGACUAUGACACGGGACCAUCAGGCCCGGCAAACAAGCCCUCCGCCACAUCUGGCUGAUCAACAGAGGAACAACCAUAAAACAUGUGGUAACACUAACAGACUGAAGGAAAUUUGGGCCAAAUGACACGUCUCCUCAUUAAGGCGACAUUUUUUUCCCCUCACCGUGACAAUCCCGUGUUCAAAUGAGACACCAGCAAUAAUGUGCGCAUCUGGAAAUAUUGUGUAGAGAUGGAAUUAUACUAAUGUGCUUUCAGUUAUACAUUUUGUACCAUUUUUGAAUUUUUUCACUGUUACUGUAUGUUUUUUUUUUACUUUUCUAACACAAAUAAACUACACAUGUUG